AUGCCUCGGUUCUUCUUUCAAAAGGGCCUGACAGUCACCGCUGAGAUCUACCAGGAGGUGCUGAGGGGCGUGGUGAAGCCCUGGAUGGACAAGAUCGCCGCCGGACGCCCCUACCCCUAUAAAAUCUGCAAUGGUUACUUGGAAUACAUAUCUCUAGUUACAUAUAUUUACUCAUUUCCUCUGCUCCCUCCACUCUUUCUCUCUCUCUCUCUCUCUCUCUCUCUCUCUCUGUCCUAUCGACUCAUCCUCUUCGUAUUUAUUCUCUCUUCCCUUUUCCACACUCCUAGCAUUUUUCUCUUUCUUCUACACCCCCGUUUCUCUCCCCUUUGCUUUUCAACAGUUCCUCUAUUUCAAUCUUUCUCUCUUUUCAAUACUCUCCCUUAUACUCCUUGCAUUUUUCUCUCGCUCUUUUUACUCUCUUUUCUAUACUCCCUCUAUUUUUCAAACUAUCUCCUACCCACUUCCCUUUCUUCCACUUAUUCUCCUUCUUUAACAUUCUCUUUCUUCGACUCUCUCAACUUUUCACUCCCUCUUCUUUCUGUCUCACAGAUUCACCUGCACUUUCUCUGCCUCACACUCUUUCUUCUAUUCCUUCUACCUUUUCUCUACCUUUUUCUUUUAGCUUUAAUUCUGCCACCCACACCCCGGUCUUACCACUUCUUUAUAUUCUCUCUCUUUCUCUUCUACCGUUUCUCCAAAUCCCCCACACACGUUUUCUAUUACUUCUACUUUCCCGAUUCCUCUACUCUCUUUCCUACACCCUCUCUCUAUAUAUUUCAUCUCUUUCUUCUACUCUGUAUACUUCCUUAUGUUUUUUCAUACGUUCUUUCUUUCACUCUCUCCCUCCUCUUCCUAUCUAUGACUAUUUUUCUUUCUCCAACUUCCUCUUCUCAACCGCCUGUCUAUAUCUUACACAACUAUUCUCCCUUUCUUCCCCAAUUGUUUUUCAUCUAA